GGGGUUAAAAAAACCCCCCCCAUAAGACAGUCCCUAGGCGCCCAACUGUGGCAGUUCUACGACUAUAAAGGAGAGCUGAACUGGCCGAGAGCGCACCCCCGAGGAAGUACUAUCCAGCGGAAGACUUUUUGGAGAAUCGGUUGAGAUCAAUCAACCCAUCUAACAUGCGAUUCCCUGCCCACUGUCUGAUUGCGACUGGCCUGCUGGCCACCGCACUUCCCGUCACUACAGGACAUUUUACCAGUGGCUCGGCAAGGCUGCGUACAGUUGUCACGACUGACAUGGAGCAGGACGACUUAGCCUCGCUGAUUCGAUACCUACUUUACACGAAUGAGCUCGAUACACAGGGAAUCAUCUAUAGCUCUAGCCGCUAUCACUGGGCCGGCGAUGGUAACCACACGGGGUUCCGCUGGACUGGCACGCGGACCAUCCAGGAUAUAGUCCUCAAGGCGUACGCACAGGUGUACCCGAACCUGCGCCGCCAUGAUCCGUUUUACCCCACGGCGGAGGACCUUUUGUCCCUGGUCCACAUCGGCAACAUCAACCUCGAGGGCGAGAUGGAUCAUGAUACGGACGGCUCUGAUCUCAUCCGGUCUCUCCUAUUGAAUGAGGACCCGCGGCCGCUCUACUUGCAGGCGUGGGGGGGGACCAACACCAUCGCCCGUGCGUUGAAGUCAAUCGAGGAGCAGUACUCCAGCUCGCAGCAGUGGGUGCAGAUGAAGGAUACUGUCUCCCGCAAAGCGGUCAUCAUGGCCAGCGGCUUCCAAGACGACACGUACGCAGAUUACAUCUCGCCGAGGUGGCCACAGGUACGCGUUCUGGAUAUGUCGAUUGGCUACGCGACCUGGGGCUACAACUGCAAUCUGGGUCACGGCAACGUCCGUGGGCUGCCCGACGAUCUCAAGUAUUUUAGUGGUUCCUGGAUUCAGUCCUUCAUUGAAAUGGGACCGUACGGGAAGCUCUACCGUUCCUGGCUCGACGGCCAGCACAUGCCAGGCGACCCCUUUGAUACUUUCGGCAAUCUCACUCAAGCAGCUUCUGGGUGGUGCAAGCCACUCGGCCCGUACGACUUCCUCUCAGAGGGCGACAACGUGGUUUUCAACCCCUUGUUAACCACUGGCAUCCAGGACCCAGCUAACCCGAACCUCGGGGGCUGGGGUGGUCGGGCCACGCGGAGCAACACCACAUUGGCGAAUCUGUGGGUGAUGGUUGAUAGCGAGAAGAACCAGACUGGCACCGAAGUCAAGUCCUACACUACGAACCGCUGGAUAGCUGCCGUCCAGAACGAUUUUGCGGCUCGCAUGCAAUGGACAGUCACGCCGGAGUACCAUGACGGAAACCACGCGCCCUCAGUGGAGAUCCUGAAUAGCAGCAGUGUAACAGGACGUCCUGGGGAGACCGUAACGCUGACCAGCGCGGUUCACGAUCCGGAUGGCGACCACGUUACUCGAUCCUGGUGGCAGUACUUCGAGGAGGGCACGUACCCGGGCAUGGUGAGGGUAACCCAACACGAUCACAACUGGGCAACUGUGACCAUCCCGACUGACACGAAGAUCCACGAAACGAUCUCGAUCAUCCUGCAAGGAACCGACGAUGGGAAGUUCCCAUUGACUCGCUAUGACCGGGUUUAUAUCCAAGUCAUAUAGUGUACUGGACUCUGACUCUUAUGGGAUCGAAUCUUCGGUCAUAGGUAGUGUUAUUCUUAAAUGAUUGAGAACUGCCCUUCUUGUAACGCUGUCAACCCACUAGAGGCCAAUAAGUCCCCAAGGAUAUACCUCAGUCUCUGUUGAUAAUGUUCAAAUGCAGCAGGAUAUGGGAAACAAAAGCCCUGUCUAUCCGACCAGCCCAAAGAUCAUAUUCCAUUGGUUAAUCGAACCCAUGCGUCGUCUCCAGUCUAUAAAAGACCACCGAUACCGUACAAGCCGCCGUUUUCCUCUGUUCCCAGAUUGCUUCUACACAAUUCAGAGUA